CCGGAAGUAGAAAUCUGGUGUCACACAAAAGUAUUUCCCUGCGUCACGCCCAUUCUCAGUAACUAAAGGCAAACAUUCAAUAAGUUUAGGCAUUUAAUCAAUGAAAAUUCAUAUAAUAAUUUAAUUAAUUUAGAUGUCUGACACAGGUGGUGAGUGGCAGGUUGCACGUCGACGGAAAGGCACAUCCAGGAAGUUGAAGCCAUUACAGAUGUCUUUAGCCCACUGCAAUGAGCCACUGGAUGUUGGGAAAACUCUUAAAAGGAUCAAAGAAAUAGUGGCUGAAAUGAGAUAUGAAAGCUUUUGGAAAGAAUGGAAAGAGCAGAUGUUGGUGGCAGCAUCAUUGAACCAGAAAGACACGGAGGUCUCUUCAGGCCAGGUGCAAGAGAGUUUAGAUGCCCAAAUACGUCCACUGGAGUGUGUGUGUUACGGCCUGGGCACCUUUUCCACGUGUGUGUCCGCUCGGUACCAGCUUGCCAUUAUGCUCCUGCUCCUGGAUGCAGCAAAGAUUCCAUUAAAGGACUGUUUUGUUUUUGACCCUGCUUUCUCCCCUGGAGAAAAAGAUGUACUCCGAGAGUUGGGUCUGACUGUACUCACAGACAAUGAGGAGGGGAAGCGACUGGCCACCAGACCUACGCUCUUUUAUCUCAUGCAUUGUGGGAAAGCUCUGUACAAUAACCUCUUAUGGAAGAACUGGAGUCCAAAAUGUCUGCCACUUGUGGUGAUAAUUGGAAACAGCUUCAGUGGCAUGAGGGAGAGAAUGAUCGAGAGAGAAUUUAAGCGGGACUACAGCUACAUCAGCCAGGCAGUGACUGUGUGCGAGGAGAUACAACUGACCUGUCCAUCUCAUCUGACUGACGUCUUCAGCGACACUGCACUCAUCACCUUUCAUUCUAGAAACCUUAACAGUCUCAACCAGUCGACCUGGACAGAGCCACCUGAACCACAAUAUCAGCACUGCUCUGAUUUGGAGAUAAUACAAAGAGAAUUUCUGAACGGAGAAAGGACAUGAACUACUUGAACUACUCGUUCCACUUCUUCAAGCAGUGCGAGAAAGGAGAAUAAAUGGAUAAGUAUGAUAACACUAAUAAUCCUGUGAUGUUGAUUCUUUUUCUAUGGACACAACCAAGUUUCAAUAUGUCCUUAAAAAAAUGUCACAAUGUACAGCUGAUUCUGCUCUCUGCAUUGAACCCAUCCCUGAUAAGUGGGCAGCAACUGUCUAAGGCCCAAGGCCUGACUUCAGUUCUUUUGGCAAAAGAACUGCCUGAAACAGAACCUUUUUUUUUUUUUUUUUUAGUUGCGAGGGAAACAGUGCCUCACCUUAACAGUUUUUAACUUGUUAAAAGUAUUAGCAGUUGUUUCAGUUGCUCAUAUCUUGGCAUGCAUUGGCAUUUCUGGGAUUGUACCAAUAGGUGUGGCUUCCUCUGUAUACCUGUUUACUUAGUUUGACAGGAGUUGGACAAAAGAGGGUGUGUUGGCACCAGUACAUUCCAGUUGACAUUUGAUCACAAAAUUUGGACUGUGCAGUGUUUGUGUUUAAUAAAGAAUUGAAAAGGGA